AGCCGGUGCAGCUCCGCGCUGGAGAGGAUCAGGGGAUCAGCGGCACCGGGAACUCCGCCACAUGAAGUAAAAAAAGGCUUGUAAGGAAAAGUCUCGCGCAUGUCACCGGACUGCAUGCGAAUCGUUUGAGCGUUCAGAGAGAGAGAGAGAGAGAGAGAGAGAGAGAGAGAAUGUUGGACGGUGUCGCUUCUCUGCUCGGGUGCGACGUCCCGCUGCUGCAGCCCGCCUGGGACUGGAUCCGGGAGCGCUCCGGUGAGCGCGCGGCGCCGCUGCGGGGCGCGUGCGUGGCGUUCUCGGCUCACGUUCUGUUGUCGGCGCUCUUCCUCGUGCUCGAUGCGCUCGGCCCGCGCGUGCCGUGGAUCAGGCGGUACCGGAUGCACAGGAAGCCGGUGAGCCUGCGCGACUGGGUUCUCUGCCUCGCGCGGAUCUCGUGGAAGUACGCGCUGUGCGUCUUGCCCGUGAGCGCGUGCAUCGGGUACGCGCGGAUGCACUCCGGUUUCGCGCAGCACGAGCGCUCGCUGGCCGCCGCGCCGUCGUUGCUGGUCGCGUGCUUGGAUUGCUUUCUGUGCUUGCUCGUGUUCGACACCUCCUUCUUCGUGGUGCAUUACAUCGUGCACAGAGACCCCUGGCUCUACAAGGUCUUCCACCAGUCUCACCACGUGAACACACACACUUUUGCACUCGUAGCUAUGGACUCCAGCGUCGUGGAGCUCGUCUCUCAGCAGGUGCUGGCCGUGGGGAGCGCCAUGGUGGUGGGCUGCCACCCGCUCAGUGAAAUCCUCUUCUACCUUCUCAACAUCUGGCUGGCAGUGGAGGACCACUGUGGUUACGACUUCCCCUGGGCUGUACACAGGAUACUCCCCUGCUUCGGCGGGGCUCCUUUCCACCAGGCCCAUCAUCAGCGCAUCACAGGGAAUUACGCGCCGUAUUUCACACACUGGGACCUCAUAUUCGGGACGGCAAUAAACCUGUGAGUGGAUGUGAGAAGGAUCUGUAGAUGUGGAUAUGGAUUCUUAAAAAAAAAAGAAAACUGUGGAUGCUGACUUGCACCAAGAUCAUGUCCACGUGCCCAGGAGAGACUAUAAAUCAGUUUUUGGUUGUUGACUGUGAGGAGAUUAUAACAUGCUGAUUUGAUUCACACUGAAAUAAUUUCGCUGUUUUGUUUACCAACAUGGCGCCUGUCUCCAUGCCAACAAAUGGAUUUGAAAGCAGAGGGUUUUUUUCCUCUGCAUUUAUUUUGCAUGAAAAUUAUAUUUUGGAUCCCUGAAAGUGAAGUGGCCCUGUGAUGACCUGGCGACUUGUCCAGGGUGUACCUCGCCUUUCGCCCGUAGUCAGCUGGGAUAGGCUCCAGCUUGCCUGCGACCCUGUAGAACAGGAUAAAGCGGCUACAGAUAAUGAGAUGAAAGUGAAGUGUUUUGAUAAUAGUGUGAACAGCUAAAAAAAAAAAACCUUGCGUUUUGAAAAUGCGAACGUUAGUGUAUGUUUAGCAUGUGUUAUGAAUGUGUUAUGAACAUAUUAUGAAUGUGUUAUAACUUUGCCAUGGGUACCGAUCAGGUUGUUACUUUGUGGUUUGUAAAUUAUUCAUCCAAUAAUGUGAUCGCAGUUGAAUUUUGCUUUGUUUUAUUAUUACAUGCUCAUGUUAUGAACGUGAUCGUUGCUGUUCUGCUCCUGAAUCCGAUGCUAAAAAUCUGACUCUACAAACCGCACUGAGACCGACGAUAUCAAAAAACACGUUGAUCUUGUUUAAUUCAGUUUCAUGUGUAAACAUAAGCACCUUAUCAGCUCACAUUUACUGUAUUUUAGCUUGUUGUUUUCCGCUUGUGAAUUUUUCUAGUGAAGGGAGCUUUUAACAUUAAUCUUGAUUAACAUGAUAUAACAGUUUAAUGAUGUCCUUUCACCAUCACUGGAGUGUUUUCUCCUUUGAAUCAGUUGUGCGGAAAUUGUUUUCAAAAACACUCUUCAUGUGGACGGGAUUUUAUUUGUUUUUACCAGGGCUUUGAACCGGUUCAAGGAACGAAAACGAAAACCGGGAACUUUUUCUAUUUCACAUGGAACAGAAACGAAACCAGAAACUUUAUUAUUUUUUAUGUUCCAGAACAGAAACGCUUAUUAAAAAUAAUGGUAACCAGUUAAUACCGGUUUUUAUAAGUUUCCGUAGCCUACAAAUAAAAAAGUCAUUCUUCUCCUGCGCAAGUUUCUAUGACCCGCUGGGGUUCACUUCCUGUGUGACGUUCGCUGACUGAAUGUAGAGAGCGGGAGGGUGGACUACUAUCACGUCUCCACAUCUUAAAUAAGAGGUAAAUAUUGCAGUCUAUCGUUAUUCAAAAACGUCAAUUUCAAAUACAAUAUCAAUAUAUUUGUCCACGUUAAUGAGAGGCUCGCGAACAUUAAAUGACGUUAACCUCUGUUAGCCUGUCAAUGCAUAGGGCCUGACUAGCCUUUGGUAACACACUAAACGAAUUAUCUUUCAUUUUUGGCAUUUUUUCUGUUUGUGUAGAUGGGAAGACAUACUGAGAAUCCAAAUCGCCAACAUUUGAAAUAAUAAUUGUUUUGAAUUAUUUCUUGUCUUAUUUAAUGAAGGUUGUAAUAGAAUUAGCCUACUUUUGGCUUAAGCUGGAUGAGACAGAGACAUAAUUUUAUACCCAUUUGUUAAACAGCUGACAGGGAACGUAAUUAACCGUUCCGGGAACGAAAUUUUUUUGUUCUAACCAGUUCGGGAACGUCUAUUUAAUGGUGGAACCCAAAACCGGAAACGUUAAAAUUCCGUUUCUGUUCGGAACGAACCGAUAGGAAAAAAAUUCUGGUUCAAAGCCCUGGUUUUUACUUUUUUAAAACAUCUGUAUACACAUGGGUGGAGCCUGACUGUAACACUAGGAUUGUUCAUAAACUGAUCAAUUUUAAUGUAAUCUG